AACCAGUCUUCAACCAUGGUAAAGUCCAAAGAUGAUCGGUACUCUUCCGGUGAUCGGAGCGGCCGCGGCGGCCUCACGGCGUCGGCCAUCGUCGCCCCAGCCGUGUCCGGGUCGCACGUUCUCAAGAUCGAAGGGUACUCCCGAACCAAAGGGCUUGGCAACGGCAAGUGCAUCGUAUCCAGGACCUCCGCAGUCGGCGGCCGUAGGUGGUAUAUCCAAUACUUCCCUAAUGACAGCGGCACUGACGCUGCCGAUUGGAUAUCCAUCUUCAUCUGCCUCCAUGACGAUGAUACCAAUGAAGUCAAAGCAUCAUACAAGAUUAAUCUGCUCGAUCAAGGCGGGAAUCCGGUCCCAUCGUACGGCUUUGCCAGGUCGACUAAAACCUUCUCCAGAAGAAUGCCAUGGGGUUGCAGAGCAUUCAUCAAGAGAAGGGACUUAGAGGAAUCGGUUUACCUCAGGAAUGAUGUUUUCAGCGUCAGCGGUCGUGGCACGCAAUGGCAGUCCUCGCCGGCCAUCGUGGCGCGAGCUGUGCAAGUGUCUGGCUCGCACAUUCUGAAGAUAGAUGGGUACUCCCGAACCAAGGGGCUGGGCACCGGCAAAUGCAUCACGUCUGAGACGUUCCAGGUCGGUGGCCAUCUCUGGUGUAUGAAAUACUACCCGGAUGGCUACACAGGCUACAAUAACUCAAUAUCCAUCAGUCUGUGUCUUGAUCAGGCUGAGGUCAAUGAGGUUCGAGCACGAUACAAGAUUAGUUUUCUUGAUCAGGAUGGAGAACCAGUGCCUUCGCCUACCUACAACCAAGCAUGUUACACUUCCUUCAAAGAACAAGGUCCACAGGUUUGCUAUAAUCUCAUCAGUAGGAAGGACUUAGAGGAGUCGGUCUACCUCAAAGAUGAUAUUUUCAGCGUUAGGUGCGUGCUUGCUGCCCGGUCCUCUGUCUCCAGGGCGGAGCUCUUUGGUCCUAUGAAGGAGAAGACCACAACUUGUGUACAUAUAAAGGAUAUGGAAGCUAGGGUCUUCAAGGCCAUGCUCCACUUCAUCUACUCGGACUCGCUGCCACAUAUUGACGACGACGAUUCUAUUGGGAUGGCUCAGCAUCUGCUUGUAGCGGCGGACAGGUAUAACCUCGAGAGGCUGAAGCUGAUAUGCGUGCAGAAGCUGUGCAACAACAUGGACACAAGCAUGGCGGCGACAACCUUAGCAUUGGCUGAGCAGCACGGAUGCCGCGGGCUCAAGGAAAAAGGAUACCACUUAUUGUUAUGCUUCAGGUACACUGCUUCUAUAGUAUGCAAAGAGAAUGCCCGCUGUUAUCUACAAACGGAUAACCCCAUCUCAUUCCCGAUCCACUCGUCUCCUCUCACCACGGUGUCCGCCGCUUGCCACGCCGUGGACUGCCGGUUCCUCCCCGCCAAGAGCCCCGCCCCGCCCACCACAGUCCUUCGUCGCCAGAUGUGCCCUGCGCGAGCCCUUCGCUGCCGGAUGUGCGUCGCCAAGAGCUCCGCCCCGCGCCAGCCCUUCCUUGCCGGAUCCCCGUCCAGCGCGGCCAGCCCUCCGUCGCCUGAUCUGCGCCGUCAAGAGCCCCUCUGCACGGGCACCGCAGCCGGAUCCCGGCCCCGUGGCAGUCCUCCCUCGCCUGUUGUGGCCCCGCCUGGAAUGUGUGAUGUGAUCAGUAUCCACUCAUCUAAUCAACUGGAAGGAAUAUUCACAGCCGGGUCAAAACUGUCGAAGCUUUGUGAUUCUGUAUUUUACUGCGACAUGUUAUGGCUUCCAUUUGAUGAUCACUCCGAUGCUGAGGCUCUAACUAUUGAGCAUACCAUUUUUCUCUGUUCUGUUAUUCUCUGUAGGAAUCUCAUGGAGGGCGGUGGCGUUCGAGCGGACUGUGUCUACUGCACACACGAGGAGGCGGCGGCGGCGAGUGCGGGCGAGUCAGGUCGUGUGGACGUAGGGAACUUGAUGGCCCUCUGA